AUGGCGGUUUUUAAACUCGUACUGUGUUUAGGUUUAGUGCACAUAGUCACUGGCAAAGGUUCUGAAGCUCAAAUAGAAUGUACGCCGGAGUACAUGAGAGUGGUGGUGCCCAUGGACGGAGACAGGAAAACGUCUUAUCUGGACCAAUUAAAAGACUACACACCCUGCGAGCCGACGAUAGAAGGCAACAUGGCUACAUACAUGUUAGAUCUACUUGACUACCAGAAGUGCGCAGUUAUGCGAGUCCUCAACACACACACAGGAAGACGUACUUACUACCAUAAAAUCGUGAUAGAAGAUACGUCUGGUGGAAGGGAGGUUGUGAUCGUGCGAUGCAUGGUGACCGGCAAGACGCGGGCGAUCGCCAGGCGGGCUGUGGAACCCUUCCCCUUGGACUUCAACGAGCCUGAUGUUUUGAACAUCACGAGGUACAUGGAAGGCCACGCCGCCGACCCCAUCCUGGGCGCGGUCGUCAAGCAGAACGGAAAGCAGGUGUCAGGUGAAAUAUCAGUGAGCCCGGGCACUCCACUAUCGAUGGAGAUAUUUCUAGAUGAAUCGUCGAAGUCCGUGUACGGUCUGCUCGUGAACUACAUGCAUGUCACCGACACCGGAAAGCAGCAGGAGACAAUUAUUUUCAACGGGUGUUCAGUGGAUCCGUAUCUGUUUGACAACUUCCUAACAUCGGACGGAAAGAACUUAACAGCGAAGUUUAGAGCUUUCAAGUUCCCAGACACCACGUACGUGCAAUUUAAAGGCACUGUCACCGUCUGCUUGGAUAAAUGUCAAGGGGUACAGUGCAAUAACGGCGUGACGGCGUACGGUCGGCGGCGUCGCUCGUUGCCCUCUGCCGCAGACGCAAACAGAGUGUACGAGGUAUCCCUCACUACCAUCAUCAAGGUAGACUGGCUCGAUGGCGUUAGAAAGGAGGAAUACGUUUUAACCCUUCCGAAAAAUUUAAAUGUGGGAAAUCAACUACUCGGCGACACAGACGGUACACCCGCAACAGUGCAGCAAACCCAGGACAAUGAUACUGUAUACGGUUGUUUAGAAGCUCUUGGAGCUAUCAAAAAAUCAAACUUGCCGCAUAUUUUGACACUCACAAGGGAAUCAAAACCUGUAGCGUACUUCCCGUUGACAUCUUCAAAUAUA